AUGCAAGGCAGCCCCCGACCCCAUAAUGAAACUCCUUAUCUCAAUGUGGUGUUUUCCCGGGUAAGCUUCUUCAUAGACCAACAACACCUGGAUAACGCGCACGACCCGGCUCAGGUGGAGUCGUCGACCGCGUGGGUUACUUAUGACUUUGGGGCCAGGCGGAGGAUAUACCCGGGAAUGAACUCGGCGAAGCAAAGCUUACUCCUUGGGCUGGCCAAGGCUGCCUGUGAUUUUUACAUUGUUCCGAUCGAGGGGAAGGACAUUCAUCUGGACCUCGAGACUGGCUUCGUCCAGGAAAUUGCAUUGCACCCUAAAUAUCUUGAUAUCGCUCUGGAACUAAGGGAUAGACGCACCAAGGAAGGAUAUCCUGGACCACUGAUCUCAGAGUUAUGA